AUGCGGCUUCUAGAUGUGCGCGCUCUCCAGUUAAAGGAGUUCGUGGAUAAUACCCCGCCCUACGCCAUCCUAUCCCACACAUGGGAAGAGGAAGAGGUCCUAUUCGCCGACCUGUUUGACCUAGAAAGCGCGAAGAAGAAGAAAGGAUUUGAGAAGGUCAGCAAAGCCUGUGAGCAGGCCAGACGCGAUGGCUUUGACUGGAUCUGGAUCGACACUCUCUGCAUCGACAAGAGCAGCAGCGCCGAGCUCUCGGAGGCCAUUAAUUCCAUGUUCGCUUGGUAUAAGCGUGCCGCGCAAUGCUAUGCUUACCUCUUCGAUGUGUCAGGCUUGCAUGAUUUCAAAGGCAGCAAGUGGUUCACUCGGGCCUGGACGUUGCAGGAGCUCUUGGCGCCCAGCAGCAUUGGCCAGGGGGAAAUAGCGGGCAUGGAGUUCUUCUCCUCCAAAUGGAAGAGUCUCGGUACGAAGGCGACCCUCAGUAGACGGAUAUCAGCCGUUACCGGCAUAGCGGAGGCCUAUCUAAGGGGCCAAAGCCUGGAUACAGCAAGCAUCAGCAUGCGUAUGUCCUGGGCCGCCGAAAGACGAGCAACCAGGGCCGAGGAUAUCGCGUAUAGCUUACUCGGCAUCUUCGACGUGAACAUGCCAUUGCUGUACGGCGAGGGCAAAGUGAAA